AUGGGUGGAAUCGGGGAGAAUGCCAUCACCGAUUUCCGUUCUUUCGAAUACUUUCCACCGAUUGGAUAUUUGUUCUCAGCCGAUAUUGUCUCAUUGGAUGAUGUAAACUCAACAUAUGAUUAUAUUAUUGUGGGCGGUGGCUCCGCCAGAUGCGUGCUUGCAUCCCGACUGUCGGAAGACCCGGAAAUCAGAGUCCUGCUACUUGAGGCGGGUGGGGAGGAGACCAAAAACAUCAACAUAUCUAUUCCGGUCGCAUCGCCAGCAGUCUUUAACACAGCGUGGGAUUGGGCUUAUCAUACAACACCACAGAAAAACUCCGGAUUCUCCCAAUUAGGUGGACAGAACCGCCACUACUGGCCACGAGGGAAAGGCAUUGGAGGAUCCAAUAAUCUGAACGCACUGCAAUAUGUCAGAGGGAGUCGGUAUCCUGAUCUACAGUUUAAUCUAAUGGCAGCAUUACCAAUAUCUGAGGACGCGCGCGUUUUAGUAUAUGAAUCUGAAGGGUUAUUUCCUGAAACAUGGACUGACGGACUUCUUAUGGCGACAAUAUUACUUCACACAAAAAGUAAAGGAAGUGUAUCGUUGAAAAGUAAUGACCCUUUCGAUUAUCCAAAUAUUGAUCCUAAUUAUUUUGAUCUCGAGGAAGAUAUUCGGAAAAUGAUAGGAAAAGUUAUAAGAAAGGGUAUAGAACUGCUCAAAACAAAACCAUUUGCCGAAAUUGGAGCGGACUUCAGCCGAUUAAACGUGCCUCAUUGUAGUCACUAUGAAUUUCUGUCAGACGAACAGCUCAAGUGCUUUAUUCAACACUUUGCUGCGACUCUGUAUCAUACCUCAACCUGUAGAAUGGGUUCACUACACGAUCAAACUUCAAUGGUCGAUCCCCAGUUGCGUGUGAAAGGCAUCAGGAACCUCCGAGUGGUGGAUGCCUCUGUCAUGCCCCAUGUUACUUCUGGUAACACAAAUGCUCCGACAAUCAUGAUUGCAGAAAAGGCUGCGGAUAUUAUCAGAGGAAUUGACAGCGUGGAGGAGUUGCGCAGGAAAUUGAAAGAAACAUGA